AUCCUGAGCACGGUGGAGGCGCAGGCUCCCAGCACCCCGGGGCCGUCGGGCUGCGGCCCUGUCCCCGUGGCUGUGCCAGUGGUGGCCGUGCCGGGGCCGGGGGUGGCGGCAGCGCUGCCCAAUGGGGCACCCCAAGUCCCUCCUGCGGCCGACGACAGCAAAACCAACCUCAUCGUCAACUACCUGCCCCAGAGCAUGAGCCAGGAGGAGCUGCGGAGCCUCUUCGGCAGCCUCGGGGAUAUCGAGUCCUGCAAGCUCGUUCGCGACAAGGUCACCGGACAGAGCCUGGGCUAUGGCUUUGUCAACUACGUGGAGGCAGGUGACGCUGACAAAGCCAUCAGCACCCUCAACGGCCUCAAGCUGCAGACCAAGACCAUCAAGGUGCCAGACAUCGGGGUCCCUUGGGGCGAAAUGCUUUUGCAGGCUGGAGGCCGGCUCAGAGGGGCGCAGGGUGGAUAUCCCACGACAUCAGACGAGACCGUGGUGGCUGGCGGUACGGUGGUGCUCAAGUGCCAGGUGGAGGAUCCCGAUGACUCCUCGCUGCAGUGGUCCAACCCUGCCCAGCAGACCCUCUACUUCGGGGAGAAGCGAGCCCUGCGAGAUAACAGGAUCCAGCUGGAGAGGUCCACGCCCAACGAGCUGACCAUCAGCAUCAGUGAUGUAGUGCUGUCGGAUGAGGGGGAAUACACCUGCUCCAUCUUCACUAUGCCUGUGCGGACUGCAAAGGCCCUGGUCACCGUGCUGGGAAUCCCCCAGAAACCACAGAUCUUCGGCCACGAGCAGCCCAUUGAUGAGGAGAAGAUAGCCCGGCUGACCUGCCGAUCCUCUGGCAGCAAGCCUGCAGCCCAGCUCCGGUGGAAGAAGGGCAACAAGGAUCUGAAGGAUGAGGGCACUGAGGUGGUGGAGGACCCCAAUGGAAAGACCUUCACUGUGAGCAGUCGGGUGGAGUUCCGCGUCACCAAGGAGGACAAUGAAGCUGAAGUGACCUGCACUGUGGACCAUGAGUCCCUGCAGAACUCUGAGAGGUCGACCACACAGAAGCUGCAGGUCCACUACAAGCCGACAGCGAAGAUCGAGCCGCAUCCCCAGUACCCACGGGAAGGCGAGAAGCUCCAGCUGCAGUGCGACGGGCAGGGCAACCCCAUCCCCCAGGAGUUCCUGUGGGAGAAGGAGGGCAGCGACGCACCCCUGCAGCUGAGCUCCGACAGCGUCCUCAUCUUCCCCUUCCUCAACAAGAGCGACAGCGGCACCUACGUCUGCACGGCCACCAGCUCCAUGGGCAGCGUCGUGGCCAAGUACAACCUCGAUGUCAGUGAUGCCAGCCCGGUGCCCUCGACCUCCAGCACGUACCAUGCAGUGAUCGGCGGAGUGGUUGCUGUCAUUGUCUUCCUCCUGCUCAGUCUUCUCAUCGUGUUGGGACACUACCUGAUCAGACACAAAGGUAUGUGCAUAAGACAUGGGGAGACGGUCACAUCCAGACAUCGGCAAAACCCCGCAGAGGUGAUGUGUACCUACCUGACCCAUGAGGCCAAGGGGUCAGAUGAUGCCCCAGAUGCCGACACGGCCAUCAUCAAUGCAGAGGGCGGCCAAGCCAGUGGCGACGACAAGAAGGAGUAUUUCAUCUAGGGGCGUCGAAGAGCGUGAGAAAUGGAGCCAGCAGACCCCGAUGGAAACGGAAACCAGACCACAAACCCCACUCAACCCAACAGAUUUUCUCUCGCGCCCGGCAUGGGCAGAUGGACGGACAGAGGGAUGGCAGGACAGAGAGCAGAGAGCGACCGGCCUGAGACGUGAUGCUUCUUCUUGAACUUGUACAAAACAUUAUUACUACGAACAGCGAAAGCCCCGGCCCCGUUUGCUUGCUUGCACCUCCAUCCCUGCGACCGGCGCUCGCGCAAAACACAGACCAACCAGUGAGUGAGCGACUUUCCUUCUUCCUUUGGACCUUUGCUUUGGUUUUGUGGCUGCUCAUUGCUUUGGGCCCUUGGUUGGGAUGUUGGGCUGGGGUCGAUGUAGCUCUUUCCUUUGUUUCUCUCCAUUUUGGUUUCUUUGACAUCCAAGGAUAAAAUCAGCUCCAGGCUCUGGCGCAAGC